CUAUGUUUACUUCCGCAACGCCCACUAUGGAGAGCAACAUACGCCGUGGCCGUAUAUAGAGGCUUUCAUAUUCGUAUACCCAGCACUGAAAAGGCUACACAUCCUUUGGAUCGGUCAUUGCGUGGGGAUUUCCCAGGUUCCUCCUUCUGCGUCGGAGUGAUGCAGGGCUUCCAGCAUAUAAAGCCAAAGACAAUCUGAUAUCUUUGCUCAUGGACCCGACUACAGCGUCAAUUUGUAUUGGACUCGCACCAGCACUCGCGCUUGGCAUAUGGCUGGGUAAUAGGCGCAACAGUGCUUCGUUUCGGCCUGCUCCACUUCCACCUGGUCCUAAAGGUCUGCCAAUAGUAGGAAGUACGUUCAGCAUCGAUUCGACCAAUCCAGGGUGGACAUUCAUCGAAUGGGAGCAAGAGUAUGGGGAGAUUGUUCACUGCCAAUAUUUUGGCAGGGACGUUAUUAUUCUCAACUCUAAACAUAUAGCUGAAGACUUACUCGAGCGGAGAUCACGCAUAUACUCCGACAGAGCGGGAUAUUCUGCGCUUGCAUCCUAUGGUAUCCUCUUCGACACAGCGAUGAUACCCUACGGGGAUGAAUGGCGCACUCAUAGAAAGCUAUACAAGCAGAUCAUGCGUCAGACUGCCGUUCCAACCUACCAUACAGCCUUCGCAUCGAAUGCAUGCAAGCUCGUGAGCGAUCUUACGGCGUUACCAGACCGCUAUCCAAGUCACCUGGAUAGCUACAGCGCUGGGAAUAUCAUGCACGUAGUCUGCGGCCAGGAAAUCGAAGAUCGAGACGAGGUUGUGGGGCUGGUGGCAAGAACAGCUGAACGGUUUGUCAGAAUAACUGCAGACAGGUUCGUUGCUACUGUGAACGUGUUUCCAUUCUUAAAAUACAUACCCUCUUGGCUUCCCGGAGGCAUCUUCAACGCCUUGGACUCAAUGAAGCUAAACGAGUCUCUCGGUAGAGUUCUACAUCGACUGCUAUCACAACAAGAUGCCGACGGAAACUUUUUACUCAGGCAAUUGAAAGAGCAUGUCGAGGAAGAUAUUAUCCAACGCUCUGUCAAGGAUGUGUGCACUACGUCUUUUGUUGCUGGGCUGGACAC